GUUUCCCGCCGAAAAAUAAAGCCAAAAGAAACAAAAACGGAAUUAGAGAGAAGAUUCUUGGCAUUGAUGAAACAGAGCUAAAGAAACUGAUACGAGGAGAACUUAAAAAUCUCAACUUUAAUGGCAGACGCUCGAGAGAAUCACCAAGAAGCUGAGAGAAGAAGCGAUGAAAUAGAGUCGAUAUCCAUUGAAGAACCCAAGGAGAAGGAAGACGAAGAUGAUAAUCUUCAAGAACAAAGACCGAGCUCCAUUGAGUCGUCGAUUCCAUCUUCUGAUAAAAGCAAAGAGAGGAUGACGCAGUCGAGUCCAUAUCCAGUUCGUCCCGGUGUAAAAGACUGUCAGUUUUACGUCGAAACUGGUCUGUGUCGCUUUUGCCGUUACAAUCAUCCUAUUCAACUUCCAAAGCCUAGAAGAACUGAGAGGAGAUACGAAACAGAGUCAGAAUCCAGGCCAAAGAAAAGGGAAUUUCGAGAAGAAGAGAAUCCGCAAGAACAGAUACAGAGAAAUACUGAAAGACAGGGGACAGAGGCUCAAGACAAUAAUCUGCAGUUUCAUCAGCAACAAGAGAUGCAGAGGCCACAAUCCCAUACAACGCAGCAACAACAAUCUGUGCAGACUCCUCAGCAACACCAGUUGUUGGCUUCUCAUAUUAAUCUCUAUCCGUUGGUAGAAAAUUUAACAGAUGUGAUUGAAGCUGGAACACCAGAUCAGAAUUCUGAUGCCCUGGUGACUGAAGUGAGUAGCCAUUUCGAUAAGUGUCAACAGAUUUUGAAUUCGAUUUCUAGAUCCCUAGGAUCUAAAACUAAUAAGUAUGUUGAUGGACAAAAGCAAAAUCUAGAAGAAAGUGAACAAUUGCUUCAACAAAGAAAGGAAUUGAUUGAUGAAUAUAAGAAAUCUGUUGAAGAGAUUGUGAAGAAAGAGCCUUAGUUCCAUAUAAUUCUCCCAAUAUGUUUUGAAUAUUCAUUUUUACUUAAUCAGCAAUUUAGGUGCUACAUACCAAAAAUUGUAAUCAACAGAAACCGAUUUU